AUGGCGGAGGCGCGACGGGGCCGGGGGCUCCCGGGGCCGGGGCUGCUCCUGGUGCUGGCGCUGCUGGGGCCGGGGCGGCCGCUGCCUGGGGCCGCGGGGAGCCUGAACCUGCAGGAGCUCAACGAGCUCAAGUACGGGAUCGAGAUCGCCGCCGAGCCCGUGCUGGCCGGGCAGAACAAGCCAGAGGACGUGGUGAUCGUCUCGUCCAAGUACAAGCAGAAGUACGAGUGCCGCCUGCCCUCCGCCGCCGUGAGGAUCCACCAGGACGCCGAGGAGCAGCCCCAGAGUUACCACGGGCUGGGGAUCUCAGAUCUGCUGAGGCCGAUGGAGGCUGCCCCCUGCCUCGUAAAGACCAAGGACUGGUGGACGUACGAGUUCUGCUACGGGAAACACAUCCAGCAGUACCACGUUGAAGAGUCGGAGAUUAAAGGAGACAUCUUGUACCUCGGAUAUUAUCAGUCGGCGUUUGACUGGGACAACGAGACAGCAAAGGCUUCGAAACAACACAGGCUCAAACGCUACCACAGCCAGACGUACGGCAACGGCUCUAAGUGCGACCUGAGCGGGCAGCCCAGGGAAGCUGAAGUCAGGUUCCUGUGCGAAGAGGGCUCUGGGGAUUACAUUGCCCGGGUGGACGAGCCGCAGUCCUGCUCCUACGUCCUGACCAUCCACACCACCCGCAUCUGCCACCACCCCUUCCUGCGACCGCCCUCCACGGCCACCCCCCAGGCCAUCCGCUGCCACCCAGCCCUGAGCCCGGACCAGUACGUGGACUACGUCCAAGCCCAAGUGUUCGACACCAAGCGCAAGGUGGAAGAGAUCUCCGAGGAGCUGAAGACCCUGGACACGAGGCUGUGGAAUGAGCGAGAUCCCAACCCUGCCACCCAGCGCCCGGAAGGUGUGGAUCCAGCCCACCCCCUCCACGAGGAGCAGGAAGCAGACGCCGCUCCCAGGGAAACCCCCAGACCUGGCCCAGGGGACGACACCGACUUCGGGGAUAGAGUACUCGGAGCGGGCGGGCUGCCGGACCACACCAAGGAGGACGAGGCGGUUGUGAAGCCGGCAGAUGAUCACUUGGCUGAUUUCCAGCAAAAAAUCCACUUCAAAGUGAUCCGGAGCCCGGGGGAUUUAGUCCAGUUUAUCGAGGCGCUGAAGGAAAACACCAAGAAGGGGAAAGAGAAGGCGAGCGAGUCGGAGAAGAGCCAGGAGGCCCCGAGGCCCGAGGAGGCUCCGGUCGCCGGGAGCGAGCGCCCGGAGGAGGAGGACGAUGAGGACGACGCCGCCCUGCUGGGGAAGUUUGAGGAGGAGCUGGAGGACAUCCUGCUGCCCAGCUCGGAGCGGGCCAGGCUGAAGGAGGAGGUGAAAACGGAAAUGGAGAAGCAGUUCGACAACAUCAUUGACGAGGUGGAGGAUGAGCUGGAGACAGAGGGCCUGAAGGGCGAAUUUGAUCGGAACCACGCCUCCAAGUCGCUGGCCUCCACCCUCAACAAGCUGAUGGACAAGCUGGAUGACGGCAAAGCGGCCGAGAAAGGGGAGGAGGAGGAGGAAGAGGAGGACGAGGGAGACUCAGCCAGGAGCAGCGCGAACCACUUGGAUAAGCAAGCAGCUGAGGCCGACUCGGACGGGCGGGUGAAGGUCAGGGUCACUAGGAUAAAGCCAGGCAGCCCCCUGCAGAAGGAGCUGAGGGUGAGAGAGAUGGGCAGCGAGAACCCGCAGCUGCGACACAUUGAGAAUGUGGUUAAGGACCUGCUGGAGAGAGAGGGCCUGAAAGCGGAAGGUAAAAUCGAGAUCAAAAUCGUGACGACGGGGGGCUUCGGGGAUGAGGACGAUACCCACUGGCUGUCGGACGAGGACACCAAGAACCUCAAAGACAUUUUCUUCAAUAUCCUGGUGAAAAUCCAGGGCACGGAGGAAGCUCACAAGGAGCGGAGGCGGCAGCAGGAGCUGGAGGACAACUACCGCUUUGUGUGGGGGCAGCGGCAGGAGGAGGCGCCAGCGGCCGGCGGCACCGACUCAGAGGAGUUGGAUUUCUGA